UAAGAAAACCCAUUUGGAUCCCGAUUCCAAAACUCCAAACGCACUUCAAAAAUAACAGUGACUCUCUGACUAGGGUUGCUCUUCUCUCUGAAUUUUUACUGCAAUGAAGCUCGCUGGACUGAAAUCCGUCGAGAACUCCCACGACGAGUCGGUAUGGGCGGCCACGUGGGUCCCAGCCACCGAGACCCGACCCGCUUUGUUGAUGACCGGGUCACUGGACGAGACCGUUAAGCUAUGGGGCUCCGACGAGCUGGUCCUGGAGCGAACCAACACCGGGCACAGCCUGGGAGUGGCCAGCGUGGCAGCUCACCCCUCGGGACUCAUCGGCGCGUCGGCCUCACUCGACAGCUUCGUGCGUGUCUUCGAUGUCGACACCAACGCCACCAUCGCCACUCUCGAAUCUCCUCCCUCUGAAGUCUGGCAAUUGCGCUUCAAUCCUGAGGGUUCUACUCUGGCAGUCGCUGGUGGGGGUAGUGCAUCAAUCACCCUUUGGGACACUGCCACAUGGGGUCAGGUUGCCACUCUACCUAUUCCUCGUCCAGAAGGUCCCAAGCCCUCUGAUAAAAGCGGCAGCAAGAAGUUUGUCCUGUCUGUUGCCUGGAGUCCUGAUGGGAGACGACUUGCUUGUGGCUCAAUGGAUGGCACCAUCUCUGUUUUUGAUGUAGCUCGUGCCAAAUUUUUACACCACUUGGAAGGCCACUUCAUGCCUGUGAGGUCUCUUGUGUACUCCCCUAUUGAACCACGCCUACUCUUUUCCGCCUCAGAUGAUGCACAUGUGCACAUGUAUGAUUCUGAAAAGAAAUCCCUGGUUGGAGCCAUGUCAGGUCAUGCUAGUUGGGUAUUGAGCUUGGAUGUAAGCCCAGACGGGCAAGCUCUUGCAACAGGUUCAAGUGAUAGAACUGUGAGGCUCUGGGAUCUUAACAUGAGGGCAGCUGUGCAGACAAUGAGCAAUCAUACAGACCAGGUCUGGGGAGUGGCAUUUCGACCACCAGGAGGGACUGGUGUGCGGUCUGGUCGGCUUGCUAGUGUAUCAGAUGACAAGAGCAUAUCACUGUACGAUUAUUCCUGAAGUAGCAAGCCAAGUGUAGGGCGUUGACUUUGAUUUGCGUUUGUUGUAAGAUGUUACUAACUUCUUGUGCUAUUGUUUAUCACAUUGAUUUCAAGAAAAUAUUUGGUUUACUUCCUA